UAACCCCACCACCACCCCCCCUCUCACUCUCUUUCUCUCUCUAUCUCUCACUCACACACACACACACACGCCCUCUCUGUCUUUUCUUCCUUUCACUUUUCCUUACUUUAUUUUCAGCUAUAAAUCAUUCUCCUUCUUGCUCUACCAUUUUCAUGUCCUGUUAGAAGUUUGAGAAGAAGGGAGAAACAUGAAAGAUGGUGGUAGGAAGCAGGGUGCACCCUCACCCUGUGCUGCAUGCAAACUCCUCAGGAGAAGGUGUGCUCAGGAUUGUGUUUUUGCUCCUUAUUUUCCUGCUGAUGAACCCCACAAGUUUGCAAAUGUUCACAGAGUCUUUGGUGCCAGCAAUGUCAAUAAGAUGCUUCAGGAGUUACCAGAACAUCAGAGAGGAGAUGCAGUGAGCAGCAUGGUGUAUGAGGCAAAUGCAAGAGUAAGGGACCCUGUGUAUGGGUGUGUUGGGGCCAUUUCAUCUCUUCAGCAACAGAUCGAUGUGUUACAGACCCAAUUGGCAGUGGCUCAAGCCGAAGCUGUGCACCUCAGAGUGCGCCAGAGUGCAUCUCUCUACACUCCCACCAGCCCUACCAACACUGCCUCUCCAUCAUCCAAGAACAUUCACUCACAAUCCAAACCUAUUUUUCACAUCGACAUGGACAUGGUGGUGGACCACACCACCUACACUGAUUCAAUCUGGUGAUUCAUACUAUUAUAUAAUAAUUCUUAGACACAAAACCACAAACAGACUAAGGAAUGCCUUCUUUAUUAUCGUUAUAAAGUUUGUUGGAAACCGCAAAACUCAUACGUGAGACUCGUUUCACAAGUGUUUGUGAUUUCUAAUGGAUUUUAAGCAAUAAUAAGAAAUGUGUUACUGUUCAAAAGUCAUUUCUCAUUGUAGGAGGCGGCGGUGCCGGUGAGAGCUGUGGCGGACACUGUUCGCCCGCUUAAUUACUUUGGUUUGGAAAAUAGAUUUCUUAAUUAAUUACCUUUUCACAAUAUAUGUGGUUCUGUAUAUAUUAUGGUUAUGUGGUAAGGGUUGGAUUCUGGACUUUUUUGGUGGAGAAAGGUUUCGUGGACUUUUAUGUUGUUUUUCUCUGGUGCCCUAUAGACACAUUGAUUUUCAUUUGUACUACGUUGGGGCCUUCACUAUAUAGAAGAUAUCAUUUUGAGGUUUUAGUACUAA